AUGACAAAUAUCGGCAUAGCAACGACCACCGAUGUCAUGCUAGAUUACCUUCAAUUCACACAAAUCACCGUCCUACAAGUCAACGCCACUUGCACAGAGAUCACCUUUAAUUCAUACAGACCGCCCCCACCUACAGAGAUAGUCUCCCAAUACCAUCACACGGAUCGAACUCACUACACACAAGAAUUAUUAAAAUGGAAUGGAUGGGGUUAUAAGGAUUCUGAAUUUCGAGUUAAUAAUAAAGGUGUGAUUGAGUUUACCGGUAAUAGAUAUCCAAUAGGUAACAAAGAAUUACCAUACUUCACAUCGUGGGUAAAAAAUACUUUUAACGUGAAUUUGGCAAACCAAGUAAAACCUAAAAUGCUUCCAAAAGAAUACCCAGAGCCAAUAAUCAACAAUACUUUUUUGGAAGUUAUUACAAAUUCAUCCAUUAAUUAUUCAUUACAUGGAAUUGAUCGACUUGUAAGGUCACACGGACAUUCUCUACGAGAAAUAUUUAUGCUCAAAAAGGGUAUACUUAAACGAAUUCCAGAUAUUGUUCUUUGGCCAAAAAAUCAUGAAGAUGUAUUAUGGAUAGUACGAGUGUGCAUUGAAUUUGGGGUUGUUUGUAUACCUUUUGGAGGCGGUACAUCAGUGAGUGGCGCAGCUAACUGUCCUGAACAUGAAAAACGUACAAUUCUCAGUCUUGAUACAUCACAAAUGAACCGAAUACUUUGGAUUGAUUCUGAGAAUCUGCUUGCUUAUUGUGAGGCUGGUAUUCUUGGCCAAGAUUUAGAACGUGAACUUAGACUAAGAGGGUUGACUUCUGGACACGAGCCAGAUUCUUAUGAAUUUUCUAGCUUUGGUGGUUGGGUAGCAACACGGGCAAGUGGUAUGAAGAAAAAUGUUUAUGGAAAUAUAGAAGAUUUAGUCCUACGUAUACGUAUGGUUACAGGACGUAUUGACGAACCAGAAAUUACUCUAGAACAUAAGGUUCAAGUUCCCCGUACUUCUUGUGGUCCAAAUUUUGAUCAUGUAAUAUUAGGCAGCGAGGGUACACUGGGUGUUAUUACUGAAAUUGUCUUCAAAAUCAGACCACUUCCAAGUAUUGUAAAGUAUGGCAGUAUUGUAUUUCCUGAUUUCGAAAGCGGUGUCCGUGCACUUAGAGAAGUAGCGAAGGAACGAUGUCAACCAGCUAGCAUUCGUUUAAUGGAUAAUGAGCAAUUCAAGUUUGGCCAAGCGUUACGGACGGAAACUGGUUGGGGUGGUCUCGUUAUGCAGGGUCUUAAACAAGCUUAUAUUACACGCAUUAAAGGUUUUAACUGGAAUGCUUUAUGUGUAGCUACUCUUUUGUUUGAAGGCAAUUCAACUAAAGAUAUAUGUUUACAUGAGACAAAGAUUUACGAAAUAACUAAACGUCACGGGGGGGUGCCUUCAGGAGAGACAAAUGGUGAACGUGGUUAUACCCUUACUUUUGUUAUUGCAUAUAUACGUGAUUUAGGGCUCGACUAUCAUGUGCUUGCUGAAAGCUUUGAAACUUCGGUAUCGUGGAAUCAAGCCUCUACACUUUGUCGUAAUGUCAAGGCACGAGUUGAAAUAGAAUGUCAUGCUAAGGGGAUCGUACAUUAUUUGAUUUCAUGUCGACUUACUCAAACAUAUGAUUCAGGAUGUUGCAUUUACUUUUACAUGGGAUUUAAUUACGAAACUCUUGCUGAUCCUAUAGCUUGUUACGAAGCAAUUGAGGAAUCGGCCAGAGAAGAAAUAUUAGCUUGUGGUGGCAGUCUUUCGCAUCAUCAUGGAAUAGGAAAGUUAAGAGCAAGGUUUUAUCCUGAAAUGGUAGGUGAUGUUGGCUUGUCUUUAUAUCGGUCAACUAAAAAACAUCUUGAUCCAAACAAUAUUUUUGCUACUAAUAAUCUUGAUUCCACUCUUAAAGCAAAACUUUAAACUACUUUCUGAAAUUUAUGUCAGAUCAAACCAUAUGUACAACCACUUGUAUAAUAGUUUUUAAAUUAUAUUUAAAGAUAAUCUAAA